UUUCUUCCCUAUCCUUCUUCUUCAAAAGCUCUCUUCUUCUUCUUCUCUCUCUCCCCCCCUCCUCACACACACAAUAGUAAUAAAAAUCAGCAACCCACCUUCUCAAAAAGCCUCCAAAGAUCCCUUUCCAUGGCUGGCCUGCAAAGAUCUGCAGUCUCUUUCAGAAGACAAGGCUCAUCUGGUAUUGUCUGGGACGACAGGUUCUUAUCAGAAGAGUUGAACAAAGCCAACCAGAAGGAUGAACACGAGCAACAAGAAGACGACCGUGAAAAGUCUGAGGUUAAAGAACUUAACGCAGGAACCAGCCUCCCACCAAUCAACACCAUUGACCGGAGUCGUUCCAACGCCGGCGGAAGGGGGUACCGGACCGGAAAAGUUUCUCCGGCGGUUGAGCCGCCGUCUCCGAAGCUCUCUGCUUGUGGAUGUUGCGGCGCUUUUGGGAAAACAGGGGGCAAAGGAAACAGGACAAGGCCUGGUAAGCGUAGAUCGAGGUAGUUCGUGUUCCGUGAUUUUCCGGUGACCGGAGACACAAUAUUCCGGCGGAUAUGAGGGGUACGUCUCUUCAAUUCGUUGCGAUUCAGCGUGUGUAACAGCUUUAGGUCCUGUAAAAGGGUUGUGUUCAUGUGAAAACAAGAAAACAGAGUACCCUGUUCUGGUCUGAGUUGUUAGAUUGAUUAAAAUUUCUUUGUCGGUUAGGGAAAAAUCAGAGAGACGACUUGCAGAAUAACUUUACCUCCAUAUGGGUAAACAGAGGAGGAGGGGAUUGUAAUUAUGAGUAAAGCUGUGGGGUUAAAAAGGAAAAAUGACGUCUUUGUGCGGAACAAAUCUGAAAGAGGAUCUGUUUCCCAUGAUUGUGAGAGGUUGUGAAUACAAGCUGAGCAUGAUUGAGUUUUGCCUUUUUGAAAAGGCGAUUACGGUGGACAGGAGAUCGUUUAUGGGAAUGAAAUUAUUUAUUAAUAUAUAGUGAGGCAUUAUUGGUAUUAGUAAUAUAUCUAAUGUAUAUAAAUUAUUAUAAAAUUUAUAAUCCUUGAAAUUGUCUGGGGAUGGUAUCUGACAGCUGUCUAAGAAAACUUAGGAAUUAGAAUGAUCACUUUGUCAGAAAUUGAUUAGGUGGUUCUUGGGAUUGGCAAUGAAAAGGAAAGGACAUAUGUGUAGAGGUUUUUAUGCUC